AUGACCACUUUGAGCGCUAUCCCAGACCAAACCUUCACAACUCCUUCCUUGGGUCUGGAUGUUCAAUCGAUCCUCGCUUCUGAGUCGGCCACCCUGGACCCCUCGAUGACCAAGGACCAAAUCCUCGAGAUCGGACAAUUUCUCACCAACAACAACACUCACCUGACCCACCUCACCCUAAGCGAAGGGUUCAAGGAUCUGCAAGAGGCCCUCAAGGAGUUCUUUGAGCUCCCUUGUUGCUCACAGCUUGAGUCCCUGGAAUACAAGGCUGGUGGAUCGAGUUUUGCUCAGAUCCUUCUGGCAACCUCCUCCGCUGGCGCCAACACUCCAGUGGACCUGGAUCAGGUGUCCGACAGCGCCAUCGUGACCAAGAAGGUACCCUUUGUCAAGACCCUCAAGAACCUCCGUCUCGGAUACAACUCUGACAGCCCCCAGACCAAGACAGACAUUGCAGUCUUCAACGGUCUGCUGAAGCACAUGAUCGAACUGGAGUCGUUCAUUCUUGCUCAGCCCCUCGAUAGUUUGGCCCUCCUCGAAGGGUUGUCGACCUCCCUGCCUCAUUUGCAAAAGUUGUCGAUCGUAUUGAACAACGAGAGCGGGUUGGAGGAGGAGGAAGUUGUGUCGAGGAUCAAGGAGGACUUGUUGCCUGGGGUGGAGGAUUUGGAGGUCGAGAUCGAUGAGCGCGAAUCAAGCUAUUACCUCAACCUGAGCCGGGAUCGUCACUUCGAAGCUUUUAUUCGUCGCUUUGGAGGCGAGCGCAAGCAACAAGCAUGA